UUUCCGGAGUUACUGUUUCAAGAUAAUUCUUGAAGCACAUUAGCUAAACUUAGCAACUGAAACAUUCGGAAGUGUAGAAUAAUACUGAUUGAUUUAACGUUUUUGUCUGAUAAUAUGAUCGAGUAACUUUAAUCUGAAAUGGCUUAAGUUAGCGUUUCGAUCUGUGUUACUGGUGAAACAGGAAGCGUAACGGCUAAAAAUGAUUGAACCUGAGGUACUAACCGAAGUCCCUGCAUCGCUGAAGCGGCUGGCUAAGCAGGUUGUAAGGGGUUUCUAUGGAGUAGAACAUGCCUUGGCUCUGGACGUGCUGAUACGUAACCCAUGUGUCCGAGAAGAGGACAUGCUGGAGCUGCUGAAGUUCGACCGGAAACAGCUGCGCUCCGUGCUCAACACCCUGAAAGCGGACAAGUUUGUCAAGUGCCGUAUGAGAGUGGAGACAGCACCUGAUGGCAAGACAACGCGUCACAACUACUAUUUCAUUAACUACAGAGUGCUGGUUAACGUUGUAAAGUACAAACUGGAUCACAUGCGACGGCGCAUUGAGACUGACGAACGGGACUCCACCAGCCGCGCCUCCUUCAGGUGCCCCUGCUGCUUCUCCACUUUCACUGACCUGGAGGCCAAUCAGCUUUUUGAUCACAUGACUGGUAUGUUUCGCUGCACCUUUUGUCAGACUGAGGUAGAAGAAGAUGAAUCGGUCUGCCCUGAUGCCAGGACACUUGUGGCCCGCUUUAAUGAGCAAAUCGAGCCCAUCUACGCACUCCUACGCGAAACCGAAGACAUUAACUUGUCCCAUGACCUGCUGGAGCCGGAGCCCACCGAGAUCCCCGCUCUCAAACAGAGCCGUGAACGAGCUGCAGCUGCUGCAGGAAAUGCUGCAGGCGGACCACAUCGCGAAGCCUGGUCUAAUAAGGGAUCAACCUACGCUGAUUUGUACAUCCAGAAUGUAGUUAUCAGCAUGGAGGAGCAGGAUGACCAAAAGAGGCAGGUCAAUGAGGGCAAGCCCCUGAAGGAGCGGCCCGUUUGGUUGACACAGAGCACGGUGCAGGGGGCUUACAACGAGCCGGAUGCUCUCAAGACCCGUGGCGACAUUGCAGCCGGAGCUCAGGACGGCGCAGCCGGUCACGGAGCAGGCCAGGCGGACGAAAACGAGGAAGUAAUGCGCGCCCUGCUCAUCCACGAGAAGAGAGCUGUCGCCGGAGCAGGUGUGGGUGGAGCGAGCGCAGCUGCCAGGGGUCUUGCCUCUGCCACAGCUAACGCCAGUGACUCAGAGAGCGACACCAGUGAAUCAGAGGACGACCUCCCCUCAGGCCCUACCACUGCCACAACCUCUCAGCAUCGCGCCGUUGAGGAGGUCGAAGAAGAGGAUGACGACGAUGACUUUGAGGAGGUGGGGGAUGAGCCGAUGGUGAUGGUGGGGGGUCGGCCGUUCUCAUACAGAGACGUGAGCCAGAGGCCGGAGCUGGUGGAGCAGAUGUCUAUGCAAGAAAAGGAGGCUUACAUUGAGAUGGGACAAAACCUCUUCCAGGAAAUGUUCUUCUGAAGACACAGAACUUUAGAUACUUUGAGUUGCAUUCAUUGACUGAUGUUUCUGCUGUCUUACACUGUCAGUGGACAACUGAUGAGGAAACAAUAUGCUGCUCCAUAAACUUCAGGAAAUGUUUGGUUUGCCAGUAUUUUUUGCACCGGCCAUAUUUGUAGUAUUUCUAUUCGAAGUAUUUUCAAAAGUCACCAAACAAUAACAAACUUCAGUCUGCCAGCUGCGCUUUCUUUCUUUUAUCAUUAUUGUUUGCUUCAAUUCAAAAUUAAACAGUUCAUCUUUACCAGAAAUGUUUUAGCCAUUGCUCUUUCAUUUACCGGACAGAAGGGACACGUUUGCUUUAAUCGAUGCAGCCGUCUACACACCGGCAUAUAUCUCAUGCCUCCAGUCAGUUUUGUUGAAUGGGCAUAAUUGCAUUGAUUGCGUGAGAACUGGUGAAAGUUAUCUGAGCACUUCACAGUGCGGGGAUUGGACGCUGAAACACUGAACAAGCGACUGCUGCUUUCAUUAUCCCGCCUGUUCAGAUGAUGUGAGUCAAAUAAUUUUCUACAGUUCAACAGGCUUGGUCUGAAUUCUCAUCUCAGGCAAAAUACAGAGAUAUUGUUGUGUUCCCCACAGUAACACUGUUACUGUUGUGGGAAACAGUGAAACAUUUGAAACUUUGAGAUACUUGUAAUAAAAUAUUACUGCUA